AUUUCUUCCACUCUAUUCAUCCCUCCAACACUAACCUCGACGGCGGCGGCGGCGGCGGAGGGAGAGGAUGGAGGCGAUGGCCGGUGAGCUGGAGAGGCUGCGGGCGGAGAGGGAAGAGCUCGAUAGCCGCAUACGCCUGCUAGAGUCGCAGCUCGGGGCUAGCCCUACGCCCGCGGGAGAGGGCGACGCGGCGGGGACAGGGGCAGGAGGCGGAGGCGGCGGUGGCGGCGCCACCGCGUGCCCCAUACGCCGCCGUGGGAAUGGGUUCGCCGCCGCCGAUGGCCUCCCGGCCGAUAUGAUCUACCGGUACAGCCGCCACCUCCUCCUCCCGGACUUCGGGGUCGAAGGCCAGCGUAAGCUCUCGCAGUCAUCGAUUUUGGUGGUGGGCGCUGGAGGAUUGGGCUCGCCCGUGGCACUGUACCUAGCAGCUUGUGGUGUUGGUUGCUUGGGCAUUGUUGAUGGAGAUGAUGUUGAGCUUAAUAACCUUCACCGACAGAUAAUCCACAAAGAAGCAUUUGUUGGGAAAUCAAAGGUGAAGUCAGCGGCUGACGCCUGCCGUGAGAUUAAUUCGUCUAUCAACGUGAUGGAGUACCAUCAUACUUUGAAACCUUCCAAUGCUUUGGAAAUCGUGAGAAAAUAUGAUAUAGUUGUAGAUGCCACGGACAAUCUUCCUACUCGAUACAUGAUCAGUGACUGUUGUGUGUUGCUGAAUAAGCCUCUUAUAUCUGGUGCAGCCUUAGGUUUGGAAGGACAGUUGACUGUUUAUCAUCAUAAUGGAAGUCCAUGCUAUCGAUGCCUUUUCCCAAAUCCACCACCAGUGGCAGCCUGCCAGAGAUGCUCAGACAGUGGAGUUCUUGGGGUUGUUCCCGGAGUGAUUGGCUGCCUGCAAGCUCUAGAGGCUAUAAAGGUUGCUACUGAUGUUGGUGAACCCCUAAGUGGAAGAAUGCUACUCUUUGACGCUCUAUCUGCUCGUAUCAGAAUUGUCAAGAUUCGAGGAAGCUCGACUGUUUGCACGGUUUGUGGAGAAAAUUCAGCUUUUACUCAAGAUGAUUUUCAGAAGUUUGAUUAUGAGAACUUCACGCAGUCUCCAAUGUCUGAUAAGUCAGCUCCAAGUUUGGACAUACUUCCAGGAAGUGCCCGUGUCACUUGUAAAGAAUACAAAAGGCUUGUUGAUAAUGGUGAACGCCAUCUUCUGUUGGAUGUACGACCUGCACAUCACUUCCAAAUUGCUUCUGUUUCUCAAUCUCUGAACAUCCCGCUCUCCGAGUUGGAGGAGAAGCUUCAGAUGCUCGAGACCUCGUUGAAGGACACGACGGACGCCUCCUCAUCAGACAAACCGCCUUCCCUUUAUGUUGUUUGCCGAAGAGGCAAUGACUCGCAAAUAGCCGUUCAGCUUCUACGGGAGAAGGGGUUUCUUUCUGCAAAGGACAUAAUCGGUGGCUUGCAGUCCUGGGCACAAGAUGUAGACCCUGAUUUCCCCGUGUACUAGUGAAAUGGAUAUAGUGGUAGUCACAUUUGAGAUUACAUGCUCAAUUUUUAAAUCUGACACGAGAUUUUUACUGGCUUGUCAUGAGUAUGUAAAAUAUAGAACCGUUAACUUUUCAUCCUUGACCACCCUAAUAGAGUGGUUUGGGAUGACAUGUUAAUUGACGGAGCAAUAUGGCUUAAGGCUGAACUUUUUUAUCAAAUAUUUUGAACUAGUAAUAAAUUCCAUAAUGAGCGAAA